GGGAAUAACACGAAAGUUGAUAACAAAUAUUAUAAGAAAUCGAUACUUACAUGUUAAUAAUAUAACACAGAAAAUAAAUAUAAUUAAUAAUAUGCAAGAAAGUUCGAGUUCCAAAAAGAAAUCAGCUCCAAAUAAGCAGCAGACAAUCCUAAAUUUCUUUGGAAAUGCCUCAGACCUUAAUAAAACACGUAAUCAAGAAGCCUGUUCAGAAGGAAAAUCUAAGACACUUAAAAGAAAAGCCCAUUCACCCUCAAAAAUUCACUUAGACUCAAUUUCACAUAAAGUAACAGGGAAAUUUAGUUCCGAUAAUAAUACUACUAAAAAGUUAAGGAUGGAUACAAAUACCUUAAACGAUUUGAAAGGCAAACAUAUAGAACAUGAUGCUAUAAAAGUGAAGUCGCCUAAGAAGAAAAAUAUUUUAAGCUGCAAAAGUGGCUUAAGUUUAAACAAGGAAAGUAAUGUUGAAAAUAUAUCAAAACAUUAUGAGCUUGAAUCAAUGAAUCAAAAGGAAAAUAUAUGUAAUAGAAAAAUUGAAAUAACUUGUAGUUCAACUGAUUUGUCGAAUGACCCAAAUAUAUCACAAAAUGAUAUCAACUCACAACCAUCACACGAUGGUUCCAGCUCCAAUGAACAGAGGAUUAGUCGUGCUGAAAUCGAUGAUAUAUUCAUAGACGACUUUGAUUUAGAGGAUAUCAAAGAUGAUUUGGAUUUGACGACCAUGCAGAGGUGUAAGAUACUUGAUAUCAUAAAACAUCCACAGUCAUUUGAAAUCAUAUUGAAAAAUAAUAUAAAUAAUAGAGGAACUGUUUUCAUAGAGGGAAAUUGGUUGAACACAUACCUUCAAACCGGGGAUAUAGUUAGCAUUCUGGCAUCUCGAGACUCGUCUGGUCGGUUUAGAAUAAAUAAUACGCAAGGUCUCCUUGUGUUGAGGCCAGACCAUUUAAUAUCUUCAACCAGUGUCGUCUCUGGUGUGUUCUGUAGACGGAAAGCUGUGUUACAAGAAAGAUGGAAGGGAAUUGAUUCUGCAUCAGUUACUAUGACAAUUGGUACAUUGGUUCACGAAAUGGUACAGAGAGCUUUAACUCAGAAAAUUUCAAAUGUGCCACAAAUUAAAGUUUUAUGUGAAAAUAUAAUUAAGGAAUCCAUUGAGAUGUUGUUUGAUGCUGGGAUAACGGAGGCAGAUGUGAGAACAAACAUGCAGGUGUAUUUAGAACCGCUGGCGGAAUUUAUGCAGAUGUAUGUGGUUAAUGAUAAAAUGAUUGACUCAAAGAAAUAUCAGUGGAAAGGUAAAGUAGAGAAAGUUUUAGACAUAGAAGAGAAUGUUUGCUGUCCUCAGAUGGGUUUGAAAGGCAAAAUUGAUGCAACACUCGAAGUCACGAUUCACAAUAGAAAAGACAAAACCACAACAGUACCAUUGGAGUUAAAGAGCGGUCGAGCAAGUGUUUCCGCAGAGCAUACAGGACAGCUAGUAUUAUAUGGUAUGAUGAUGAGUGUCCUCGAAGGGAAGGAUCCGGCCAGGGGGGACCAGAGGGGCCUGUUGUUGUAUCUAAAGGACAAGAUAAACAUCACUGAAGUUAAUUGUGAUUAUCCGGAGAGACGAGACCUGGUGAUGCUUCGUAAUGAGCUCGUCCAACAUCUAGCAGCAGGACCGAAUGAUACGUCUCAAGACGAGUUAACGGAUAUCGAAGAUUUGGGGAAGUACCACCAAAGUUUGCCAGAACCGGUGAAUCAUCACUCUGCCUGCUCUAAAUGUGCAUAUCUCACUCUGUGUUCAUUACAUUUGUGGCAUACAAAUGGACCUACAGUACCAAGUGGCCACCCUUUAAGCAAACUCAAAAGUACAGCCCUGGGACACCUUUCCUCUGAACAUAUACAGUACUUCCUUAAAUGGGCGAGCUUACUUCGUGUAGAGGAGAAAAUGCAGCUGAUGACGUCACCAAUACACGCCCUGUGGACUGAUAGCACUGAUAUUCGAUCUAAACGUGGAAGUUGUGCUCCGAAUUUAACUCUGAGUCGUGUUUCAAGUUCCAACGGCAGAUACUUACAUGUCUUCAUUAGAAACGGAACAAAAACAGAGACGCUCAGUGGUACGCAGUAUAUUAAAGGACCACAAGCAGGUGAUUUUUCUAUAGUGAGCAUAGAUAAUAGACCCUGGGUUGCAGCCGGAGCGGUUACAUUAAGCGACUCCAAAGAAUUGCAAAUAUUAUUGGACAGAGACCUAUCACUUCGUCUGUCAAGGAACACUAAAUACCACAUCGACAUCUACGAAAGUUACGCUACGACUGUACAAAACCUAACUAACCUCGGUCUGCUUAUGGAAGACACCCACCAAGCUUCGAAAUUAAGAAAAUUAAUAAUAGAUAAAGAAAGUCCAACGUUCACACAGAAGCUGCCGCCCCGUGUACACAAGCUGAGUAAGGAGUUACUCGUCACACUGAACGAGGAACAACAGGCAGCAGUACUAAGAGUGUUGGAGUGCGAUGAUUAUGUUCUUUUGCAGGGGUUACCUGGCACUGGGAAGACUCAAACUCUGUGUGCGCUGAUUCAACUGCUGUGUUCAUUGGGUAUGCGUGUGUUGGUCACCGCUCACACACAUUCAGCCGUCGAUACACUGCUUAGCAGACUACCUUCAUCUCUAAAAGUACUGCGUGUUGGUACUUCGUCGCGAGUAUCAGUGUCUGCGGCGGUCAAAGAGUGCACCACAGUGGAACAGUUGACCAACCUUUAUAACUCAGUGCAAGUGGUAGGAGUCACAUGUCUCGGAGCGUCUCACGCGUUGCUGUCGAAGAAUACAUUCGACUUUUGUAUUGUGGAUGAAGCGACACAAGUAUUACAAAGCACAGUCCUCCGUCCGUUGUUUGCUGCGAAUAAAUUCGUGUUAGUUGGAGAUCCCGAACAACUACCGCCAGUCGUCAGGAGUAGAGAUGCUAAGUUUCUAGGAAUGGAGGUGAGCUUAUUCCAUAGCCUGAUGAAGGAUAGAACGACGUGUACUCUAAGCCUCCAAUACAGAAUGAACCAACCUUUAGCAGAUCUCGCCAAUAAAAUUGCGUACAGCAAUAGACUUAAAUGUGCCAAUGAAACUGUAGCAAAGGCAGCACUUAAUAUAAAUAAAAUGAAACUGUCAGAAAGCUCUUCGGAUCAAUGGAUUACGACUGUGUGCAGUCCGGAACCCGAAGAUGCGGCCGUUUUCCUUAAUACAAAGAUGGAAUUAUCUGAAGACGCUUCUAAGACUUUGAACAAUAAAGACGAAGCUGUGGUUGUGCUAGCUGUGAUUAAAAUUUUAAAACAGGCGGGUAUAUCAGCGUCAGAUAUAGGGGUGAUAGCUCCGUACCGUGAUCAAGUCACUUUGCUGAAACGCGUCCUGGACGGUACACAAGUCGAAGCCAGUACUGUAGAUCAGUUCCAAGGCAGAGAUAAAAGUGUCAUAAUAUACUCUUGUACAAGAAAAGAUGAUAAUUUAAGAAAAGUCAAGGAAAACGAAGUCCUGAACGACAAACGUCGUCUGGCGGUUAGCGUGACGCGUGCGAAACACAAGUUUAUUGUGAUCGGUAACAUUCGCGCAUUGAAAAGAUACACUACGAUAAUGAAACUAGAAGAGGCUUGUAAGACUGUUGAUUUGGAUGAAGAGGUUGUUACAAACCUGAAUAAUAAAUAUGGGUUCUGAAUGUCAUGGUUACAUUGUUAUAAUUAUUAUAAGAAAUGGCAAAAUUAUUUUGUGUUUGUGUAAAAUCAGAUAUCAUGUUCGUUUGAAAUUACCAAAAAAAAUUAUCAUGUGAUUUUAUUUUAUUAUAGGUUUAUUAUUAUUAUUAUUUUAUAAUUAAAUUUAGGUAACGCGGAAUAUAUAUGUUUUUUAUGUUUAUAGCUCUAAUGUUAAUGAAAAGUUGUUCCUACGUAAAUACUGAAUUCGCUUUUACGUCGUUAGGUACAAAUAUGUUAGAAUACAAUAUAUGCGUAAGUUUAGUUGUGGAUGAGGUAUAGAAUAUGUGGAUUUCAAUGAAAAAGAACGAAAGUUUAUUUUUAAAACUGUACAUAUGUCUAUGAAUUAUAAAUCUCUUGAGUUCUGUAAACGAAACAUUUUUUUACAACGAAUA